AGCGAGCGCGCGCGGGCUACCGUCCCAGCGCAAGGGGCUCCUGCAAGAUUUAACCACUGCCUCAGAAUGGGAUCUGGCUCCUUGCCUACUUCCUAUGAUCAAGCCAGCGACUGAGGUACUUGGGGAUGCCUGUAAACCACCAGAAGUUAGACUCUUCGGAGAUGGACUCUGACUUGUCACCCAGCUGCAGGCUCAGUGACUUGAGCAGAGGUGGGAGUUUGGAGAGUCGAAGUAGCAGUUCUCGAUCCAGAAGUUUCACUUUGGAUGAUGAAAGCCUGAAAUACCUCACACAUGAGGAGAAGGAUGUGAUCCUGUUUUUUGAAGAGACUAUUGAUUCCCUGGAAGACGACAUCGAGGAGCCAGUCCUUUGUGACAGUGGCGUCCAUUGCCACUCCUCACAGUCUCUGGAAGAGAGUGCGUCCAGUCACUCCGAGCCUGAGGAUGUCAUUGAUUUAGUGCAGCCAGAUGCUGCAGCUGGGGAAGCUGACUGCGAUCCCAAUACAGCUCAGGCAGCAGGGGCUGGACCCAUUGGAAAGGAAGACAUCCCUAUUCUCGAAUACAAAAAACAAGAUGCUGAGAAUUCUCCACCACCAGAUGCCACGGUUCCAGAGGCCCUUCCCCUGCCACCUUCCCCACUGAACACCUCAGCCCCAGCCUACCCCAGGAGAGAGCUGCUCUCUCCACCUCCUCCCACAGAGCACCCCAAACUCCCCCGCUCAGUUCCUACUCCUCUUGUUAUCGCACAGAAAAUUUCUGAAAAGUUGGCAGGAAAUGAAGCCCUUUCGCCCACAUCCCCAUCAAAGGAGUGCAGGCCCGGAGAAUGGAGGACACUGACAUCUUUAGCUCCCCGGAAUGGAGACCACUUCCCGUGGCACAGGCAGCCAGCACCCAAGGUCCAUCGCUUCCCCAGCAACAUCAGUGUGACCAACAGCUCGGGGAAGGAAUUCAAUAAGACCAUCUCCAAAGCUGCCGUCAACGUGCAGGAGCGGAAAGCCCAGGUCUUGGCCAACAUCAAUGGUGUCUCUUUUCUCAGCACAGGAGACAUGGAAGAUCGGUCACAGAAGAGUGAUCUCAUAGAGCAUAGGCAAAGCUUCUCUCCAGAGAGGGCAACACGUGACCUAGGCAAGUCAGGCCUGGUCAAGGAAGCUGAAAGCCCGUGGGCAGGAGGGCAGCGUGGUGGGCAGCAGUCCAGAGGUGUGCAGACAGAGCAGGCCCCAGCGAUGGCUAAUGGCUUCCAGAGCAUCCACGAGGUCCUCAGAAGCGAGCCCAGUCCCUUCGUCUCUGCUGGAAAGAGCAUCACCUUCUGCCCAGACCCUGCUGUCACCAACAGGCUUGCACGCCAGAACAACAGCAAGAGCUUCUAUGAACACCGGCCGCUGGACUGUGGCCACGAUGGGAGGAAGCGGUCAGGCUCUCUCCCCAGAGCUGUGGGCUUCAGACCCCAGGGUGUCACCGUGCAGUUUGCUGGCCGAGGUUCCACGGAGGAGGCUCGGCGGGAGGCCCUGAGGAAGCUUGGGCUGCUAAAGGAAACCUUAUGAUGGAUGCUGUGGCAAGGGCGCUGUGGCAGGCAUGGUCACUGCCCAUGUCCGGCAGGAUGGUGAAAAAUAUCCCUUAAUUUUUCCCACUCUAAAAGAAGAUGAUACGACAUCUUAGUGUUAAUACAGGAGUCACCUCGUCCCACAAAUCCAGGAGCUAUGUGGCCUAAAGUGGACGUGCAGAGGCACAAAGCAGUAGCCACAGGCCCUCUGUCAGUGCAGAGGCUUAGGCCUGGCGCUUGAAGCAGGGAAGCCUUCCAAGAAAAAGAAGAAUCCAGGCCCAUGUCGUGGCACCUUCCUUUUCCAAGAACUCAGAGAGGGAGUCAUCUUUAAAACCUGUCAGCGUCCAUGAUUUGUAAAUGUCCAGUGUUUGGGGGUUUGGGAGCAGUGGGCUGGGCCUGGUCUGUUGUUCCUAAGUCUCUAAUCUAGCCUUUUACCCCAACUACAUGACAAGAAAGCCAGUUCAGAUCUCUAUACUCAGGAUUUUCCCUUCUUUUCUAAGAAAAUAAAAAAGAAAUGCUUGUGAAAGUUUUGUAGUCUUAAUAUUACUUUUUUGCUUUUUUUUGUUUGUUUUUACAGGGUGAACGAUGUUAGUUUAGCUCUAGAUAUGCUUUUGUUUCUGGAUAUAAUUUGGUUUACCCAGGGUUUUUAAGAUUGAAACAAAACCUUUAGAGUAUGAUUUACUAUAAUUUUGAGUUGUGGGAAUGUAAUAGAAAGGUUGAGUUUAGAAAAGGUGGUAAUUUUGAAAAAGCAAGUCUCAGACAAUAGGGGCCACUUAACUAGGAUGUUUUUUGUAUACAAGCCCGUGUUGUGCAUACGUAUAUGUACAUGUUUUUAGUUAUAUGUAUGUUAACAUGUUUUUAGAUAUAUGUAUGUUUUUAGAUAUAUGUAUGUUAACUUACGUAGGUAUAGUGUGUGUAUCUGCACACAUUCAUUAUGACAUAAAUAUAAACUUCUGAAAACUCUGUUCAGUAAACUAGAGGAUGCCAGGCUUCCUGCUGUCUGGAUGGACGAGCCACUCAGCACUGUGAAGGAUGACCUAGCAAUUGCUGCCUCCUAAUAAGGGAGUUUUAAGGACACAUCUCUAUAUUUUAGCAAACCAAAAGGGCUUUUUUCUCAGUAAUGUGUUCUUUUCCCAAUUAAAAUAAUAGUCUUUCCAAAUAAGCAAAAUCAGUUCCUUUUUUAGUAAAGAUUUUUUAAAAGAGUCAUCGCCUUGAUCUGAUUUGAGUCUUUCUUAUUUCGAGGUGGCUUAUAAAUAGAAGGAAACAAAGAAUUUUUAAAGGUCCUGAUUGAUUGUGUAUGCUUUACGGGCAAGAUACCAGGAUUCAGUUAAAAGGGGAAAACAGUGAACCAGGUUACAUAGCCUGAAAAGAACUGGUUUUCUCCCGGCAAACUAGGUUACACAGUAUGAAAGGAACUGGUUUUCUCCCAGACUAUGUCUUACAUGCUGAGUUGUGGCCACAAGCAUUAUUAUCAAAAUUACUUCAGGCUGGAGUCUUAAACCUCUAAAAAUAGAUGGGGAGGGGCUGCUCUGAGAAGGCACGCCCUUCGGUGUAUGUGUCUCAGCCAGCACGGUAAUAGAGGCUGUUUCUUCUCCUGUUGAGUGUUACUUAAAUUCAAACUUUUAAAUGUGCUGUGAAGGACUUUUUCAUAGUAUUCAAUUUGCUUUUUUUGGUUAUAUAAAAUGAAUGAUCAUAAUUUUCCCUUUAGAACUACAGUAUUUAGUGUCUCUCGUCCAGCUCCUGUUUUCAUGAAAUAAUCUCACUGAUUCAUGAUGAUAAUCUUAAUUUAAAUAGGUGCUUUAAUUUUACAACUUUUAAACAUAGUUAUUUUUAAUUUUACUCCUGUUUGUGUUGGGUUGUUUAAAGGAUGCAUGAGGACUGCUUCCUUUUUUAAAAGUGAGAUGCCAUACACAGUGUUUAAUAAUAGAGGGCUUUGAUAUGGCUAACAUUUAAACACCCUUUAUAUAUAAGGGUCAUUUC